CGGCCACGCGUUUUGCCGCAUCCCUUUAACACCCGUAGCCUCUCGCUCUAAAGUAUACUUGUCCCCCGGAACAUGGCAUCAAUAGGUGCGGUCACUAAACAAAUCGCUGCCCUCGAAAUCUCCUCCAAGAAGCACCAGCAAUCUUCUCGUCCCGGCCAUUCCAAGCAGCCUUCCCAAACAAAUGUCGCUAAAUUGCUCACAAAAUAUGCCGCACCCCAUCCUCCUACAGCAAAACCCACUCGACCGUCUGCUCUCCGCAACCAAACGAACACAAAUGCUCCAGCUCAAACUAGUAAAGCGGUAACUCCUUCAGAAUCCCAGCCCCAACUUGACAUCGGCAAGUAUGAUGGUGGCCUCGAGCUAGACAAUGAGAAGAGGGGUGAAAAGGUUUUUGGAGAGGCAGCUGAAGCGCUUGCUCUUGAUUCCAGUGUCUUAGGAACACGUCCUACUCGAGAGUGGAGUCUCCCCUCAUUCGAGAUUGGUCGUCCUCUAGGAAAGGGAAAAUUCGGGCGCGUGUACAUGGUCCGCACUAAAUGCGAGCCGCAAUACAUCCUCGCCCUCAAAUGCCUGUACAAAUCCGAAAUCAUCCAGUCUCGUGUUGAGAAACAAAUUCGACGUGAAAUUGAAAUUCAACAAAACCUUCGCCAUCCAAACGUACUCCGCUUGUACGGUUACUUCCAUGACGAGAAACGCAUCUUCCUCAUGCUCGAGUUCGCCGGCAAAGGCGAGCUAUACAAGCAGCUCUCCAAGCAUGGCAGUUUUUCAGAGAAACGGAGCUCGAGGUAUAUCGACCAGAUGACAGAUGCUUUGACCUACUUGCAUGGCAAGCAUGUCAUUCAUCGAGAUAUCAAGCCGGAGAAUUUGUUGUUGGGAAUCAAUGGUGAGCUCAAGAUAGGCGACUUUGGAUGGAGCGUACACGCACCUGGCAAUAGACGCAUGACGCUAUGCGGGACGCUCGAUUACCUGCCACCUGAGAUGGUCGAGGGAAGGGAACAUAACGAGAAGGUAGAUUACUGGGCUCUGGGUGUACUAACAUAUGAGUUCUUGGUUGGGAAUCCCCCCUUUGAAGAUCGAAACAGCGUUAACGCCACUUACCGUCGAAUAGCUAAGGUCGACCUUAGAAUUCCAUCGCUCGUCUCUCCCGAUGCAAGAGACCUGAUAACACAGCUACUCAAAUAUAAUCCUGAAGAGCGUAUCCCAUUAACUGAUGUCUCACGACACCCGUGGAUAUCGAAACAUCGGCCCAAAGGGACAUCCAGAGGCGGAAGUGGGGUGUAAAUAUUGUUGAUCUUUAGCGUGUUGGUCUGGGCCUUUCGACUAACGACAUCGAACUCUAGAUAGCGGUGUAUAGUUGACCGUGCGCAAAUGGAUCCGUGCGAAGGACAAGUACGUGCGAGCGGGCUAUUGGGUCGUAAAGGAUGUUCUUUGCGAUUUACAGGCCAGUAGAAUGCAGAGCAAAAGCGAA